AUGGAGUACAUAGCAGGUAGAUCAAGGGGGGGGGGAAGGGAGAAAGAAAGAAAAGAAAGGAAUAAAAUGAAACAAUAUCGAAACACAGCGAGGCAAGCAGGCAGGGAGAAAAGAAGCCAGGGCCAGGGGGUAUGUAGGAGAACAGACACUGAGCAGAGCAGAUCACAAAGACAGACGACGGGGGCGCGAGGGAAAGUAAGUAAAAUAGUUAAGUCACAGAUAUCAAGAAGAAGAAAACAUCAAGGCGUUCUAUCCACAGGAAGGGUGCCGAUGGGGAAGAAAGGGGGAUAUAAAGUGAUGUAA